AUGGUAAUGUCACAGUUUUUAAAUACAAGAACCAACAUUUUUGAACCCUUGGGCAAGAUCGUUCCAGGUUUCUGUUCCUUUCGCUAUGGACUGGCUCUCCUUCUGCACUUCUGUAAUAGUGUCAUCAUGGCCCAGCGAGUAUGCCUAAACCUCACAAUGGUAGCCAUGGUGAACAGCACAAAACCACACAAUUUACUCAAUGAAUCUGCAGUGGAGAUGCUAGAUGAUGUAAAGAACCCUGUAUAUUCCUGGAGUCUUGAUGUCCAAGGGUUUAUUCUCAGUUCCGUCUUCUGUGGUAUGAUUGCGGUUCAGCUUCCUGUUGGGUACCUCACUGGAAUAUACCCAAUGAAGAGAAUAAUUGGUUCUUCAUUGCUCUUCAGCUCUGUGUUGUCCCUGCUCAUCCCACCAGCUGCACAAGUUGGAGCAGCUUUGCUCAUUGUGUGUCGAGUUCUUCAGGGACUAGCCCAGGGAACAGUGUCAACAGGCCAACAUGAAAUAUGGGUAAAGUGGGCACCUCCCUUGGAACGAGGCAGGCUUACCUCCAUGACUCUAUCAGGGUUUGUAAUGGGACCAUUUAUUGUCCUGCUUGUGAGUGGAUUCAUCUGUGAUCUUCUGGGCUGGCCCAUGGUUUUCUACAUUUUUGGUAUUGUUGGCUGUGUUCUGAGUCUCUCCUGGUUCGUUCUGUUCUAUGAUGACCCCAAGGACCACCCAUACAUGAGUAGCAGUGAGAAGGACUACAUCAUAUCCUCUCUCACCCAGCAGGUCAGCUCAGGCAGACAAUCUCUGCCGAUCAAGGCUAUGCUGAUGUCUCUUCCACUCUGGGCCAUUAUCCUCAAUAGCUUUGCUUUCAUAUGGUCGAACAGCCUCCUGGUUACGUAUACCCCGACGUUUAUCAAUACUGUGCUCCAUGUUAAUGUUAGGGAGAAUGGGCUGCUGUCCAGCCUCCCUUAUCUGCUUGCCUACAUCUGUGGUAUCGUAGCAGGUCAGAUGUCAGACUUCUUCCUGUGCAGGAAGAUUUUCAGCGUAGUUACCGUCCGGAAACUCUUCACCACAUUAGGGACCCUCUGUCCUGUGAUCUUCACCAUGUGCCUGCUCUACUUGAGCUUCAACUUCUACAGCACCGUCAUUUUCCUGACACUUGCCAACUCGACACUCAGCUUUUCCUACUGUGGACAACUUAUCAAUGCCUUGGAUAUUGCUCCCAGAUAUUACGGAUUUAUUAAAGCAGUUACAGCUUUACUUGGAAUGUUUGGAGGCCUAAUUUCUUCAACUGUAGCUGGGUUGAUCCUUAGUCAGGAUCCGGAAUAUGCUUGGCACAAAAUCUUCCUUUUGAUGGCAGGCAUUAAUGUGUCAUGCCUAGCUUUCUAUCUUCUGUUUGCUAAAGGAGAAAUUCAGGACUGGGCCAAAGAAACAAAAACCACACGACUUUGAAGGGGAGACAUGUGAAAAUGGCCUUGACAACCUCUCACUGGACAAGAAAGACAACUUGAGAAAAAUGUCCUAGCCUACACUAAUUUCUGUGAAGUGUUGCAGCACUCUCUGGGGGAAAGGCCUCUCCAGCGACAUCUCUGUGUGUUUUAUUUUCCUUUUUCUACAAGUUAGUAGAAAAGUGAGCAUUUGCGGAGCAUGAGGUCAGCAUCCUUAUCAAAAGGAAGAGGAACACAAAUGAGACUGCGGCCCAGAGGGAGUCUCCAACACCAGGAGGGGGUGUUAUGGGGGUCCCCAGGGGUCUGUCUCACCCACUGUAGUCUAAGUGAUUCUUUUGCAGUGUGUAUUGUAUGUAACUAGUUACAUGCCUCAGUUCAAAGGGGAUUUAUUUGUCUUCCUCUGUGAUCCA